AUGCCCACCGAGUGCCUUGGCGACCAGUGGCUGUAUGAUUGGGGCAACAGCAACAACAGCAGAAACAACAACAACAAGAAGAAAAAGGGAGAUGUUGGCACAGAGGAGGCGCCGCACUUAAUUACCUUCUCUGCAGCGACAGAGAACCGCAUUCCGCCGCUGCACCACAACUUAAGUUCCGCUAGAUCCAUUCUCGAGUCAGGACCGAGCCGAAUGUGGUCAUUAGAUGAUUUUGAGAUGGGACGCAAGCUGGGUGAGGGACGCUUCGGCAAGAUUUACCUUGCGCGGGAGAGGCGGACGAAGUGCGCGGUUGUGCUGAAGUGCCUCUCCAAGGACAUGAUCCACUAUCACGAUCUGGCGCACCAACUGAGACGCGAAGUUGAGCUGCAGGAGUACGCAGGGCGUUAUCACCGCCAUGUUCUGCGCCUCUUUGCGUUUUUCUGGGACGAUGUGCGGGUGUUUUUAGUGCUGGAGUACGCAGAUGGGGGAAACUUGCAGAAGCUGCUCGACAGCCGGCCGCAGCAGCGCCUGUCGGAGGAUGAGACGCGUCAUGUCCUGCGUCCACUCUUGUCGGCGCUUGCUUUCAUGCACGAUCGGGACAUCAUUCACCGCGAUGUAAAGCCAGACAACAUUCUAUUCAAGGCAAAUCAUGUGAAGCUGGCGGACUUUUCAUGGGCGGUGCGCCUCGACCGCAGAGAUCCGCGCCACAGCCGGCGCUACACGCUGUGUGGCACGCUCGACUACCUCGCCCCAGAGCAGGUCUCGAAGCGUGGCUGCACAACAAAGGCGGAUGUGUGGGCUGUCGGCGUGCUCACGUACCGCAUGCUAUGCGGCUGUCUGCCGUUGGAGCAUCUCUCGACAUGGGAGAUAUGCGCCCGCAUUGCCAAGGGCGAUAUAGAGUACCCUGCCGACAUUUCACCAGAGGCGCGUUACUUCAUGGAGGCUCUGCUGUGCGUCGAUGAGUCCACGCGCUUUUCAUGCAAGGAGGCCCUGCAACACCCAUUCCUUCAAGGAAGGGGUUCUAGUCCAUUUAUGGCCUCUGCCGAAGGCGUCGGUUGUGAUGAAACGGAACUGCCGAGUGCAGUGAGCCUUAAUAUUUCAGGUACACCUCUUUGCUGCGACCUCAACGUUGCAGAGCUGCCAGUACACAGUCCUGAACCGACCGUCCAUGUACAACAUCACCAUGAGCAUCAUCUGCAGCAUGAUCGGCGCCCACAGCACCAACAUUCAGAACAGCAACAACAUCAAAAUCAUCACCAACGACCAAUCAUAUGCGGCAGUAGUGGCGCUAGUGCCUCUUCUAAACGGCCCGCCAUGGGUAGUGGUGGUGGGGGUGGUGGAGGCAAUACUGCUGCGGCCUGCAGUUCGCCACUCUCGUGCGUCAGCUUUGUUACAGUGAGUUCUUCCCAUUCAACCGACUGCAUCCCGAGCUUGUACAAUGCGAGCAUUCCUAGUUUGUCCCCCGCCCACCGCGCCCAGUGGCUCCCAUCAAGUGUUGCUUCUGCUGCUGCUGCUGCUGCUGCUGCCACCGCCGUUGGUGUGACGUCGAAGAGUGGCUACGAAGACGUGGGGUUGUCGAGCCAAGGGGCGAGUUAUAGUCGGCCACGCCUUCACUGCAGCACGAGCGACCGGAGCUGCACAACAAUGACGCAGCAGUACACGCAGCUCGGGCCUUCUCCCACGUCUUCGCUGGUUGUCAUUUCGCAUAUGAUCGACGACGACGGUAACGGACAAGCGAGACCGGAAGAGGAGUGGAGGGACGAGAGGGAAGAGGAUGAGGAAGAGGCGGUCAACUGCGUUCAUCGGCUGUGCUUCGAUGACAGUAUUGUGUCUCUGUCUCAGUUCACUGCCGUUUCGGCGACGACGGAAGAUCUCGGCGGGAACGCCACGUCGCGGGCCGCCACCCCGUCUCUUUAG